GGUGGGGCGGCCCUCUUUCCCCUCAGGUCACGCGAGGCAGGAAGUGGCGCCCGCAGCGAAGUAUUCGAGAUGGGGACCUCCCUGGACAUUAAGAUUAAAAGAGCGAACAAGGUUUAUCACGCUGGGGAGAUGCUCUCGGGGGUGGUGGUUGUGUCUGGCAAGGACCCAGUCCAGCACCAGGGCCUCUUUCUGACGGUGGAGGGGACCGUGAACCUGCAGCUCAGCGCCAAGAGCGUGGGCGUCUUCGAGGCCUUCUAUAAUUCCGUGAAGCCUAUCCAGAUCAUCAACAGCACCAUCGAAAUGGUGAAGCCAGGGAAAUUCCCCCCCGGCAAAACAGAGAUUCCUUUUGAGUUUCCUCUGCACGUGAAGGGGAACAAGGUUCUGUAUGAGACUUACCACGGCGUGUUUGUCAACAUUCAGUACACCCUGCGCUGUGACAUGAAGCGGUCUCUGCUGGCCAAGGACUUGACAAAGACCUGUGAAUUCAUCGUUCACUCUGCUCCUCAGAAGGGGAAACUGACCCCGAGCCCCGUGGAUUUCACCAUCACACCUGAAACCCUGCAGAACGUCAAAGAGAGGGCCUUGCUCCCUAAAUUUCUCAUCAGAGGACAUCUCAACUCCACCAACUGUGUUAUCACACAGCCACUGACAGGAGAGCUGGUGGUGGAGAGCUCGGAGGCCGCCAUCAGGAGCAUCGAGCUGCAGCUGGUGCGCGUGGAGACCUGCGGGUGUGCGGAAGGCUAUGCGCGAGAUGCCACGGAGAUUCAGAACAUUCAGAUCGCCGAUGGGGAUGUCUGUCGGAGCCUCUCUGUCCCCAUAUACAUGGUCUUCCCCCGGCUCUUCACCUGUCCCACGCUGGAGACCACCAACUUCAAAGUGGAGUUCGAGGUGAACAUCGUGGUGCUGCUCCACGCCGACCACCUCAUCACCGAGAACUUCCCGCUGAAGCUCUGCAGGGUGUAGCCCGGGCGCGGCCUCUGCCUGCGGGCUCUGCGGGCAUGGACGGGACUCGCAGGUGGCAGAGCCCUCCUCCUCCUUUCCCCAGCACGGGCGCCUCUCAUCGGACCUUUCCUUUGAGGUUCAUCAGGACUGCUUCCUGUCACUGGCAAGAUCAUCUCCCAGAAAGCAAAGUUUCCUGCCACUCCUGACUCCCCCGCCCCUCGUGAGGGUCAGUAACACGGUGUGACAGUAGUUGAGAUUCCAGGGAGAAAAGGAAACCCUCCCUGCCUGGCCAGGGGACUCCCGACAGCCCAGGAUGGCGACGAGCAUGCUGGUUGCUUGUGACGUUUGCAGUGACCCCCGAGGAGGCGUGCAGAGUGGCACCCCCUGGAAACGGGGCACUUUUCCCCCUCUCUUGUGUAGUUCUGUACCAUUUUUCAUGCUGACUUCAGAACCUGGAGGGAACUGGACUAAGUGUUCCUUGCUCUGCUAGGAGCGAGGGGAUUUGGUGGCGAUGGCGGUGCUGGAGUAAUUCUGAAGGCUCAGGAGCUGGUGUAAAACCGUGUGCUGCCCUAUUUCCAGAACACAUUUAAAUGUAAGGUGGCGUAAGGGGGAAACCCGCAUGUCCGUGUCUCUUGUUGGGUGGGUUCUGGGUGGCAGGAGGCCUGUGCCCAGGGCAGUAGGUGAAGACCCCUGUGUGCUGGCUGGUGCCAGGAGCAUGCCCUGGCCUUGAUGAACUGGCCUGCCUCCCACCCCCAGGCUUUGGCCUGGAGCCCGGUUCUCCUUGUCCCCCUUGUGAGUCACGGUGAGAGGCGAGCCUGUUGCAACACAUUCCUUCCUGCAGAUCCUGCCAUUGUUCCUGUCGGCCCACAGUCAGCCAGGCCUCAGAAAUGAGCUGCGUGCUGCCCGCUCCCUGCCCUUCCCUGACAGGCCCUCCCGGGCAGACGUGGGCGAGACGCACCCUGCUCACGGCCCGGCUGCGCUGCCCUUGUCCUGGCACAGCCUUGGGCCGGGUGGUGCCGAGGGCCACAGACCUGACCAGGCGCCGCUGUAGCCCAGGGCUGCACCAGGGAAACUGAUACAGCUUGCCCACAGAGUCGUGUCAAAGCUGGUUCCCAGGGAACACGUUUCUGGUCGAUAAGUCUUUUAUGCUCACAUGAUGUUAAUAAUUAUCUUUGAUGAUGUAUUUAAACUAGAUAGCAGAAAACAAAAAAACAAAAAGGCCAUAACUUCUAGGAAGUUUCAAAGAAAUCAUUUGUAAUGUAAAAAAAACAGAAUUUUGAGAAAGGUUCGGAUUGUAUAUUGCUAUAUAAUUUUUUUAGUAAACCGGUUUUAUGGAUGUAAACAUGUAAA